CGCGACUACAGCCUCGUGACGGCCAGCUGCGGCUUCGGCAAAGACUUCCGCAAGGGCAUCCUCAAGAAGGGCAUGUGCUACGGCGACGACGCCUGCUUCGUGGCCCGGCACCGCUCGGCCGACGUGCUCGGGGUGGCAGAUGGUGUCGGCGGCUGGCGGGACUAUGGGGUUGACCCUUCUCAGUUCUCAGGGACUCUCAUGCGAACGUGCGAGCGCUUGGUGAAGGAAGGACGGUUCGUCCCGAGCAACCCCGUGGGGAUCCUCACCGCAGGGUACUGCGAGCUGCUGCAGAACAAAGUCCCCUUGCUGGGAAGCAGCACAGCUUGUAUAGUAGUUCUAGACAGAACAAGUCAUCGUUUACACACAGCCAACUUGGGAGAUUCUGGAUUUUUGGUGGUCCGAGGGGGAGAGGUGGUCCAUCGGUCGGACGAACAGCAGCAUUACUUCAACACUCCCUUCCAGCUGUCAAUAGCUCCACCAGAAGCAGAAGGAGUUGUCUUAAGUGACAG